CGUUCUCCCUAACAACUGCGUGUUUCUUCUAAACAUAAAUUUGAUCAAUAACCUAGUAGAGGAUUGCCACCUAGGAAGGAAGGGCAAAGAUGGAGCAAUUAUUUCAGUCAUACCGCGAUGAUGAGCGACGUAUUGGUGAGGAGUAUCUGUCGAGUCUACAGGACUUGAACUGCAAUAGCAAACCGCUCAUCAACAUGCUCACAAUGCUGGCGGAGGAGAACAUUAACUAUGCCCACGUCAUAGUCCGCGUGGUGGAGUACUACAUCAGCCAGGUGCCGCCCGAGUUUAAAUUGCCCAUACUAUAUUUAAUUGAUUCGAUAAUUAAGAAUGUGAGAAGCAGCUACGUGCAGCUGUUCGCACAAUGUAUAGUCAACAUAUUCCUCAACGCGUUUGAAUCGGUGCAGCAUUCCCAGUCGCAGUUGCUGGAGAAGGUGCGCGAACGGAUGUAUGCCCUGCGACAGACCUGGAACGAGGUAUUCCCACCUUCCAAGAUGUAUGCCCUAGACGUAAAGGUAAAGCGUCUUGAUAAUAACUGGCCCAUUACGGCCAAGAACCCCACCAACAAAAUACAUGUUAAUCCCGCCAUUCAUGUUAAUCCGGACUUUCUCAAAACGGGUUUGGUUCCUGGGAUGCCGGUUAACUCCACACUGCCCAGCGACAUGGAGGAGAUACUCCAGGCUAAGACCCGCGAGCUUCUGGAGCUCAAGAAACGCAAACUGGAGCUUGAGCUGGAGCAAACCAAGAAGCAUUUAGAGGAGCAAGAGCGUCAGCUGAACCAGGCGACGGAUGCUAUUGCUGUCGCACCCAAUGUCGCUAUGCCAGCGCCACCCGCUUCUGUUGCUGCUCUUCGUCCACCUAUUAUGGAUCCAGUCGUUCGAAAUUCUCGUAACGCUGGGAAUCCUGGGUUACCAAACACGCCAGCUGCGCAACAGCCCUUUUCCGCGAAGUCAAGGGUUAAUCCAGUCAAUCCGGCUCUACUGAACUCUGUGCGUCAGCGGGAUCCACGUUUGGCGCGGCAAAUGCAAUCUCAGGUGGAGGCGGCUCCCUCGCGAUCCUCUGAUCCCCGUCUGGAGGGAAAAUCCUCCUCAUCUUCGCAUAAAUCUAGUCGAUCGCGCAGCAAGUCACCAGUACGGAACAGCAGCCGCUCUACCAAAAGCAACAAUGGCAGUAGCUCCCAUCCAAACAGCUCAUCGAAUCGCAAGCGCAGUGAAUCCAAGAGCUCAACAUCUUCAUCGGGCUCUGAUGCACGACACAAAAGUGGAGGUGGUGCUAGCAGUAGCUCCUCGACACUAUCGCCUGCCAAACGCUCAUCUAAACCAUCGGCAAAGGAGCAUUCCGACCGACAUGACCGAAAUGGAUCACCGUCCAAUUCGAAGCGUAAAAGCACCUCUCCAACCACCUCGCCAUCAAAAUCUAAGCGCAAUGCUGCACACAAAUCGUCAUCGUCCAUGCGCGGAAAGUCGUCCUCGACCCGAUCACGCAGCCGCUCGCCCAUCUUCAUGGACGUUGACCUGCGCAGCGGUGGUGGAAAGUCUCCCGAACAGAAAACAGCAGCUCCAGAAUCCCUAUCUCAAGUGGCAGCAGCAGCAUCAGCAUCAUCCUCAGCCUCAGCAUUAGCAGCGGCAGUAGCAGCAAAAGUGACAAUCAUCACGAAUGAUUUAGAGAAACCGAAUUUAUCAACAGCAUUACUGCUAAGCCCAUCAACAUCAGCAUCAGCAUCUGCAUUAGCCGCCGCAUCCGCACCACUAGUCAAUCAGAGCUCGCCGCAGGGUAAUGUAUCGGAGACACUGCAGCAAUCCAUCAACAAACUGCUGCAGGUACAAGGCAUCACUGGGGAGAAGCGUUCCGCAGAUUCGCUACCCCCAGAGAUCGACGGGGAUGAGCAGCCACCGCAGCAGAAACGCAGCAAAUCAACUAAACUGGACGCUCUCUUCGGCAGCGAGGAUGUUGAUCUGCGUCGCGAGAUUCCCGCUGUGGUAAAGCCUGGAAGUGCAAAUGCAGUCAUCGUGGUGGAAGACGACUCAAUGGACAACUGUGAUGUGGAAAAGCCACAAUCCAAAACAAAUUCGCAGCUCAAGAGGCCAUCACUCGAUGAGCUGCGCGCCAAGCUGGCCAAGUCUGCGCGUCUCCACAACAAGCUAUCCGGUAAGUCCGACAAAGUCAGAGAUCAGUCUGUGGUGCAGCGUCUCAAGCAGCUGGCCGAGCUGAAGGCCAACGAUGAUUCGCAGGAGGCGCACGACGAGAAGAUGCGCACGAUCCUCAGCCAGGCUCAGGAGAUGUACGAGAACCACAAUAUGAACCAAGAGCAGUACAAGGACCUGGUCCAGAAGGUUGUGGCCAUUAACGAGAACAGCAAGAUGAAGGAGUCCCGUCGCCGACCUGAUGGUGCGGAAGUGGAGCGUAAUGCAGCCCGAGAUGCUGUUCUGCGCAAGCGGAUACCCAAGCUCAAGAGCAACGAGAAUCAUUCCUCUGGCUCGCCACGCAGCGACGGCUCCCCUAGAUAUGAGGAUCAGCCAAUACAGGGAUCGACAUCCACCGAAAAGCCGACGCAAAAUAAACGGGAGAAGUCCAAGAGAGAGAACAAGAGACGAAAGCCCAGCAAAUGGGGCGAACAGGUGGAUCCUGCGGCUGCUCAAAGGGCCGCCUGGCAGUUGGCCAAUGUCAAUAACAACAACAACAACAACAAUAAUAAUAAUAAGAGAUGUGGAGCUGGAGGAGCGGGGAGUUCGCUUCCUGUUGUACCACCCGGGUUCCGGGGAAUGCCCUGGCAACAGCCGCCUGCGAUUGUGAUGCCACAAACGAUCGUCCCGCCACCACCACAGCCGCCCUCGAUGAUGGGUCUGCCACCAGUUCCGCCCGUAACAAUGACCAAGGCCAUCAAUUCGCUGGACAACCCCAUGGCGGAUGUGGUGCGCAGCAUCACCAUCGAUGGCGGAUCCAAAGAGAUUCGCUUCUACAACCAGGUGGCCAUCAUAUUUAUGGAUGGCGACGAGCCGCACGAGAUUGGCUUCCAGCAUGGCCAGCGCGUGAUCAUGAUCGAUCACAAUGAGCCUCUGCCGCUAAGCUUCAACGACGACUACAAGCCGUUCCAUCUAGAUGGGGCCCUACAUCGCAUCCGCUUUGGCUUUCCCUCCCGCGAGCUUUAUAUCGACGAUCAUUGGUAUGAGAUCUACUUUGGUGGACCGCCAGUCUCCCUGCCCAUUGGCAACAGCCUGCACGUACUCAAGGCGGAGGGUCCUCCGCCCAAUGUGGACAUUGGCCGAGUGCGUCGUGACCUGGUGGUUGGCAAAAUAAACAUGAUUGUGGAUGCCCACACGAUUGUUCCACUCUUCUUGGAUGCCAGACAGCAGACCUUCCAGAUGGGAGCCGAGCAGCAUUCGAUACAGUUUGUGGACAGCUUCCAAUAUGCUCUCCUCGAUGGCCAGCUCCAGAAGAUCGAAUAUGGCGGCCUGCCCAAGGGCAUGAAGCUGAAUGGCGGACGCAGCUGCUUUAUCCGAUUCGGAACCCUGCCAAAGGGCGUUGUGGCCGGCAAGACGCACGUGGCUGAUAUGGUCUACAUUAAGACAGAAGCUCCGGCAGAGCCACCCCAGCCCCCACCGAUGAUUGUCCAGCCCCUGCCCGUAGUGGAGCAGCAGCCAGCGGCAGCAGCACAUGCACCAGCCGUAUCCCUGCCAGCUGCAUCCAAUGCUCUUGGCAAUCUGAAUAUCAAUGAUUUAUUUCAAAAGCUCGUCUCGUCUGGAAUAAUUGGUGGAACCUCUAUUCCGGGCAUAUCGGCUGGCGAAUCAACCUCAACCAAAGAAGCGCCCGCAGCUGCCGCUCCAGCUGAUGCCCAAGCCACAGCCGCCCCACCGGUGUACGUUUCGCCGCCAACGGAGCCCAUCAAACGCAUCAACCUACAGAGGCCAGAGACUAUCAAGACCCGGCAGUCGGCCGUGGUGGCUACGCUCUACCUGGGCAUGCAGUGCAGCAGCUGUGGUGUGCGUUUCCCGCCCGAGCAGACCAUUAAGUACAGUCAGCAUUUAGACUGGCACUUCCGUCAGAACCGACGCGAGCGUGACUCGACCCGCAAGGCCACCUCCAGGCGCUGGUACUAUGACCUGAAUGACUGGCGGCAGUACGAAGAGAUCGAGGAUGUGGAAGAGCGGGAGAAGAAUUUCCUGGAUACGCAGGGCCAGCCAGGAGGCCCCGAUGCAAUCGAUGAUCUCUCCCAGCAACGUUCGCUGGACUCGCCUGUGCCCACCUGCGCAGCCGGUAACGAUGAUGUGGACCGCUCCUGCGACAUGUGCCACGAGAAAUUCGAGCAGUUCUACAACGAGGAGCUGGAGGAAUGGCACUUGCGCAGUGCCAUUCGCGUCGAGGAUAAGAUCUACCAUCCAUUGUGCUAUGAGGACUACAAGACUUCGUUGAACCCGCCCGCAGAGCAGAAAGACUCCAAAGAUGUGGACAUGAACAACACCGAUGACAACGCAAUGGACACGGUACUUAAGCUGGAGGAUGGGGGUAAGGAAGAUGACGCCGAUAAGCCUGCGCCGAACCUGUUCGAUGAUGAUGACGAUGAUGUAAUUGUGUUGCCCAACGAAGAGCCCAGCGUCACUGAAAUUGUUGACGAUGAUGAAGAUGAGUAUGUGCCCGCCAAUGUGACGCGCGCCGAAAUGGGCAACGAAACGGAGGACAAGGUGGAACCCAGCUCUGGCUGCGAGGAUGAUGGGGAGAAGCAGAAAAGCAGCCAGCAGCCACAGAAUGAAUCAGCCAAUGAGUCUGAUGUGGAGAUCCAAGAGCCAAACAUUCCCUUCACCGAUCUGGACACGUAUGUGGAGAAGGAGAUGGAUGAUGAGACGCGGUUGGCCCUGCUAAAUGUAAAGAUCAAAGAGGAGCCCAAGGACGAGUACGAUGAGGACGAAGACGAUGGCUUCGAAGAUGUGGGCACGGUAGUGCCACUGCUGCCGUUGCCCGAGGAUGAGAUAUCCAUCAACAGCAGCGAAACACAAACCCAAACGAUUGGAUCCUCGCCCUCGCCGGCUACUAUAGAGCGACCAGCUUCGGUGGCCUCGCUCACUCUUCCAGCCAACGACGAUGAGCUGGAGGCCGCGGACACGGUGGCGACAGUGGCCAACGCGGAAACAGAACUGAAUGGAGAGCCGCAGGAGUCGACGCAUAACCUGAGCGCAGCAGGACCGGCACCGGCGUUACCUUUGGCUAGCUUAGUUAAUAGAAUAAAAAUAAAUAUCACUAAGAAUACAAGUAGUAUAGUAAGUAAUAGUGCCUCCAACGGCUCAUCAAUGGCCGCCACAUCGACGCCGGCAGCAGCAACGAUGGGAUCGGCAGCGGAUACGCAAGUCUCGGCUAUCAGUGUCAUAGGCGGAUCCGGAAACUGCAGUUCUCUGGAGACCUCGCAGCAGGUGAAUGCAAUUCAAACCAUUUCCACCAUUCCAGUUCUGUGCGGCGGUAACACAUUCGUCCCCAAGAUUGCAACCAGUGCUCCAGCCAAUAUCAGUUCCAUCUCGGUCAUUGGCAGCAGCUACGGCACCAACAGCCGCAACAGCAACUCAAUCGCGACCACAACGGCACCAACUUCGGCGAUAGUCUCGGCGGUUGUUGGAGCGGGAUCAUCUUCUGCCGUUGCCCAGAAACCAGUCACACCCCCGCCUGCUGUCGAUGCCGAUCCGGAGCCGGUGGUUGAACUGAAGCCAGCGUUGCGGAAUGUGACGCUCAAACGAACGAAAAAGGUCCAGAAUGGCACCGAAACAUCGGGUCUCUGCUCGAUCAUGUAACGCGUGAACACAGAUAUUCCUAUUUAAUUUUUUUGCAAUUAUUUUUACACGUUACUUAGUUUUAGAAAAUUAUGGAAACGUUCUCCAUCGCGGAGCGUUCUUUGUUCUUUGUAGGUACCCAUUACGCACUAGGGGCCGAGCUCUCCUUCCCAACAGGAGCUCUAGCCCAUACACAUUCGUCAUCAUCAGUUAUUGCGGAAAAAACAACGGCAAAAUUUAAUAAAAAACAUUUACAAUUUUAAAACUGAA